CGAAAAAUGAGUUAAGCUUAAAGCCUUGGUUCUACUUCUGCCAAAGCCUUGUUCCUCUUUCGGGUGAUAGUGAAGACAAGGAGAGCUCUUUCAAAGACAAGAAAUUUAAGAAAGGCAACUUCCUAAAAUGGAACAAUAUUCAGUAAGAGCAGAAAUUCAAGCAGCAACAAAUGAUUUGAGAAUAAAUGUGAAUGAAAAUUCUGAAAGUCAAAUGGAAGAUCAAGACAGAGCGUUGGCAAAUAACAUCACACAAAUGCUAGAAAGCUUGGAGCCUCCCUUAUCACCUGAAUGUUGUAUCUAUAGGGUUCCAAGUGAUCUUCGUAAAGUGAAUGAAAAAGCUUACACUCCUGAGGUUAUAUCAAUAGGGCCUUUUCAUCAUGGCGAUAAAAGAUUGGAAACCAUGGAAAAGCUUAAAGUGACAUAUUUCAAGAGAUUUGUGCAAAAGGCUGCGCUAAAUGUGGAAAAUUUAGUAAGCAUUAUAAGGGAUAGGGAAGUAGCUGUUCGUCGUUGUUAUGCAGAGACUAUCCAACUUAGCAGUGACAAUUGUGUGAAAAUGAUCUUGGGGGAUGCGAGCUUCAUUAUUAUGUUUUUUUUGACAUGCAAGCCUAAAGAAUGGACGAGUACGUGUGAGGACAACUUAACACCGCGGUUGAUUUCUACAUUAAGAAAGGACAUCCGGUUGCUUGAAAAUCAACUUCCUUUUUUUGUUAUUGAGGAAUUAUACAACUUUGCAUUUGCAUCUUGCUCAAACUUACCUUCCUUCGCUGAGCUUGCCAUCAGAUUCUUUGCACGAUCCAACAGUAGAAAAAUAUCUCUCGAUCCCAAUUUGAAAAUAAGGCACUUCAUUGAUUUGUUAAGAACCUCUUUUUUGCCUCAAUCGAUAUCACAAAGACUACCGCAAAGAAACCGUGGCAUAAAAGUUACACAUUUGUAUAGUGCGAGCCAAUUGGAUGAGGCAGGAGUGAAGUUUAAAGUGGACUCAAGCAAUUGCUUAUUUGACUUAAAAUUUACAAAAGGGGUCCUGAAAAUACCAAGAAUAAAAUUACACAAUAAUACAGAGUCUCUUUUUCGAAACAUAAUGGCCUUGGAGCAAUUGCACUAUCCCUUUGAUGGUUAUUUUACCGAUUAUAUUCGUGUAUUAGAUUUCCUUAUCGACACUCCCAAAGAUGUGGAUUUACUUGUGCGAAAGAGGAUCCUGGUUAACGGUUUAGGCGACAGCAAUGCAGUGACAACUUUGGUCAACAAUCUUUGUAGACAAAUUUUUAUUUCAGAAGCGAACUCUGAUUAUUUUGAUCUUUGUAAUCAUUUGAAUAACUUCUAUGAGGAUCCUUGGCAUAGUUGGAAGGCUGCCUUGAGACGUGAUUAUUUUAGCACUCCAUGGAGAACUGCUUCUACCGUAGCUGCUAUUAUUUUGCUAGUGCUCACUUUUACACAAACUAUAUGCUCUAUCAUCUCAUUGUGGUAGAUCUAAAGUUUGAGUAAUUUUAAUAGAAUUGAAUUGAAU